ACUACCCGGAAUGCAACGCAGGCGGCAGCUGACGUGGAAGAGCGCUCUUGCCACGGUUACCGGGUGCUUUCAAAAAAUCACCGGCGGUGGCCAGGCGAGCUUUGCUAGCCUCAAAUUUGACUCACUUUCUUUGCGUCUCUUGGUGGGCACGGCUGCAGCAUGUCAGGCAGAGUGAAGUCUCGGACAGCUGCAAACUUCGACCCCUCGGCUGGCGGCGUAUCUUGCAAUGAGAGGAUACUACGGGAGUGUCACCAGCUCUACACCGAUACGGGCAAUGGACUGAUUAGUAUUGCUGAGUCACUUUCCAUCUCUCUCCUGCCACCCCGGAAGAAGAUCACAGUCAUGCUAAUGGGCAACCAUUCUGCUGGCAAGAGUUCCUUCAUUAACUGGUAUAUAGAGGAGCACAUUCAGAGGACUGGCGUGGCCAUUGAGACUCAAGGUUUCAGCUUCGUCACCAGUGGAAGAAAGCGUGAAUCCCUUACUGGCAAUGCCACCCUCCACCUCUACCCGCACUUCAAGCCGCUGCAGGAGUUCAAAGGUGUGUCUGAAUACCUCAGCACUGAGAUCUCCACAUCCAAGCAAAAAAAAUUCAGCCUGGUGACAUUUGUCGACACACCAGGGCUUGUCGACGGAGACAUGAAGUAUCCGUUUGAUGUGGACCAGGCCAUUCUUUGGCUGGGGGAGCUCUGCGAUCUCAUCUUGGUGUUUUUUGAUCCCAUGGGCCAAGCCUUGUGUAAGCGUACGCUCAAUAUAGUGGAGAAGCUUAAUGAGACGCAGGGAGACAAACUGCGCUUCUAUCUGAGUAAAGCUGAUGAGGCAGGUGGUGAGAGUGACCGCCAGCGCGUCAUGAUGCAGAUCGUUCAGGAGCUCUGCAAAAGGCCUGGCCUCAACAAGUGUGGCUUUGACAUGCCAACCAUUUACAUUCCCAACCCCAACAAACCCAGCCGCUGUGUCAAUCAGAUUGAGGAAGUGUGUCGUACAAUUGAGAAGACCAUCAACCAGACAGUUCAGAAUACGCUCAACACCGUGGAGAAAGACUGUGAACUGAUUGCAGCGACAGUGGAGAGCCAGCUUAAUCAGGACAGGGAGGCCUGCGCUUUUAACCGCCGUGCACACCUCAAGGGUUUUGUUUUUGGGUUGCUCGGCUUUGCUGUUCCUCUCUUCCUGCUUGCUUCCUUGGUCCUGGGCACCAUGUCGCGGGAAGUACUGGUCUUGGCGCUAGGAGAAAGUGGCACGGAUGCGCUGUCGGUGUAUCUGUCUCCAGUGGCUUACAUUUGGAGCAUGAUGCCCAAGGAACACUACAUGUCCAUCUGUCUAGGACUAGCAGGCCUGUCAGUCAUCUUGUUGCUAUUGGCCAAGUGGUCUUUCAGGACACAGCGGAUACUCUCCGGCAAACAGAAGAGGCAGCUGCUCGAGCGGAAGGCCUACGUGGAGGAGGUGGUGAAACAGAAAAAGCGUAAGCUGUAUGAAGACUACCUCCGCCAGAGUGUUGGGGACCAUGACAUGGACUAAGGCAUUGGCUCGUGACAUUGAAGCUGGGACUAACUGCUCAAACCCCUUUGAGGGGGGGGGGGGGGGGUGAGUGCAGUCUGGAGUCGGACUUAGAAUGGACACGUCUUCAUCUCGAGUGGGCCCAGCUCUGUGCCAGUGACUUCCUCUACAAACGGAGUGCUCUUCAUCUUACUGACUCGAGUCUGCUGUGAACUGCACUGAUGACUUGUUUAUGGCUUUGAUUUGGGGGCAGGCACGUCCGUUGUAUGUUCUGCAGCUCCCAUCAUUCUUUGCCACCCCAAAGUCUGGCAGAGACCCAAGGUGCCGUGGGAGCUCCAGGCCUGCACCCACCUCCUUCCCAGACUGCUACCUCAGCAGGCCGUAACCACAAAAGCUGCGCCAGACUAAUUUUUGCUUUUCUUACCUCUUUUAGGAAAAAAAAAAGGGGGGGGGGGUGGCACUACACACUGCCAUUAAUGAGUCCACUUUUUUCUUCCUUUUUAAAUUAUGUGAUUGUAGACAAGAAAACUAACAUUGUGAUAAAAGUAUAAGCCAGUAAUGUGUCUUGAUGUC